AACCUGCUCCGGCUGGGUGUCUGUCCGUCGGGGAGUGAAGUGUGUUUGGCGUGCUACUGGUAUCGGAGUUUUUGCCCUCUGUUGUCUGUCUUUCGUUGAAUGUGUUUUGUCGUUUUAUGACUUCAUUCGCCAGGUUUUACGUUACUAAUUUAGAAAGCCAACACUUUAGCCGAUUUAUGGGAUGUUUUAGAAAAGUUCACGAAGUGCUCUUUUAGGAACCGGUGGACGGCGGACACCACCGGAGAUGGAUAGGCUAAGCGAUAGCUGAGUUGUUAGCUGAGAAUCAUAGGUCAAGAAUUGGACCGCGCUAGCAUGCUAACGGCUAGCUAAUUUAGCAUUUUGUCGGCUAUCUAAGUGACUUUGUUAACCUGUAACGUGAAAACUACUGACGGUUAUUUCUCGGGCCUGGCUGCUACACAGCGAAUAGUUUGUCAGAGGCCAGCUAACCCCAGAAGAGGACUCGGUCCUGUGUUACAAGUGAAAGGCAGAGGAGUAAUCGUUGAGAGGUGGCUGUUGUUCAUCUCUCAGCCCUGACUAAGAGCAUGCUGUCCAACGCUCAGAACCAGCCACUGUUUCCCAAUCCGGCGGGGCAGCAGAACCCGGCCGGGCAGCAGAAUCCUACAGGCCAGUUCCUCCCCUUCAAUGCCAGACCCACCUUACAGAUCAAGAAGAACGCCAUCACAGACGACUACAAGGUGACCAGCCAGGUGCUGGGUCUGGGCAUCAAUGGGAAGGUGCUUGAAAUCUUUCAGAAGAAGACUGGAGACAAGUAUGCAUUGAAGAUGCUGCAGGAUUGUUCAAAGGCCCGUAGGGAAGUGGAGCUUCACUGGAGGGCAUCACCUUGUGCCAACAUUGUGCGCAUCAUUGACGUCUAUGAGAACCUCUAUCAGAGCAGGAAGUGUCUUCUCAUUGUCAUGGAGUGCAUGGACGGGGGUGAACUUUUUAGUCGAAUCCAGGACAGAGGAGACCAGGCCUUCACAGAGAGAGAGGCAUCUGAUAUCAUGAAGAGCAUAGGGGAGGCCAUCCAGUUUCUGCAUGCCAUCAACAUUGCUCACAGAGACGUCAAGCCGGAGAAUUUACUGUAUUCUUCGAAGAGGCCCAACGCCCUGCUCAAACUCACAGACUUUGGCUUUGCCAAGGAAACCACCUCACACAACUCUUUAGCUACUCCCUGCUACACACCGUACUAUGUUGCUCCUGAGGUUCUGGGCCCAGAGAAAUAUGACAAGUCAUGUGACAUGUGGUCUUUGGGUGUCAUCAUGUAUAUCUUGUUGUGUGGAUACCCUCCUUUUUAUUCUAACCAUGGUCUAGCCAUCUCUCCUGGGAUGAAGAAGAGAAUCAAGAUGGGCCAAUAUGAGUUCCCCAACCCUGAAUGGUCUGAUGUAUCAGAAGAAGCUAAACAACUGAUUAGGACCCUCCUAAAGACUGAGCCGACCCAAAGGAUGACCAUCACAGAGUUUAUGAAUCAUCCAUGGAUCAAUCAAUCGAUGGAGGUUCCCCAGACCCCACUUCACACCAGCCGUGUACUAAAGGAGGAGAAGGACACAUGGGAGGAAGUCAAGGAGGAAAUGACCAGUGCCUUGGCAACAAUGAGGGUUGACUAUGAGCAAAUCAAGAUCAAGACCAUUGAGGACUCAACCAAUCCACUGCUAACGAAACGGAGGAAGAAAGCCAGUAACGCCAUGGUGGACCCACAGGCCGCUGCCCACUGAAAGAUGCACGCAUGCAUGCACAUAUAAACACAGGUUGUAAAAAGGAAGCAAUAAUUUGUCGACAUGUGAGUCGCAUUGCAUGGAUUUUCUCAGUGUUUUAUUUUUCAUGGCAAAUUCUAAUGUUUUGUAGGAGUGUUUGUUUUUAUUACUCUACCAUUUUAACAAAGCCACCACUCUGCUCUGGCAGGGAGGAUGGCGAUCUGUGUUUCUACACCAUUGAAGAGAUUCUAGAAAAGGGGAGGUGAGGGAAUCGGUGAGAUCUCUCUCCUCCCCUUUCCCAAAUAUCAGGUUGUGUACUCAGAGGGGCUCGAAAGUUGGAAUAGGACAUACGAAGCCUUAGCAUUAGCAGUAGUUCUCUUUCACCCCCACGGCCCUGUUCUAGCUCCUGCCCCAAAACCUGUGAAUGUUAAAUCAAAUGGCUAAAUCCCAAAAAUUAAAGCAAGGGAAGGUUUCUUUUACGUACAUGCAAAGUAAACAGAUGUAUUUUGAACUGACAAGUAGAAUGUAAGGACUCUGUCCCUGACUCUUGGGAUUAGCUGGAAGUGGUUGCGCAUUUCUAGGACUUGGACUGGGAGCGUCUGUCAGGUUCAGUUUGUCUUUGUGAAUGUCGAACAGAGGCCUAUGCACUCACUUAAAGGCCAUGUGCCAUUCAGACAGAGCACCUCACUCAUGGCCCCUCUCUCCUGUUUUAACCUAUGCUUGUUUUUCAGGUACAUCGUUUUAGGGCAGAGAAGGAUUGGCACGUUUAAGAACAGAAACUGGCUCGUCUUUCUCCUGCAUGUAGCUCAUAGGAGAGUAGGAGCCAAUGAUACUGUAUUUUUUCAUGGAUUUUAUGAACAUUUUAGGAUAGGCCUUACUCAGUGUUGCUAAACCAGCAAAUUGCUUUUAACCCCUGCCUACUAUUUGGUUCAGGCUUUUACCAAUGUCAUGCUUCAGAAUUUAUAACAUUGCCAGAUUAUAUUUCAGGUUAUUGCUAUGCAGAUGUGUUUGUCAGCUUGAAGUACUGCUAGGCCCUUUUUGUAAGUGUUGAUUUCUGCAGAAUGUGUUGGAGAGAUGUCAAGCAACAAUAGGGAGCGUUUGUGUGUUUUUAUGUGUGCCGUAGCACCCUUUAGGGAGUACAUGGUUCAGAUUGGCCAUUCAGAGCUACUGUUGGUUACACCAGCUCAACUGUCAGGAGUCUCAGUGGGACUAAUCUGGUGCAGUGCCAGUGUUCUCCAAUGCCUGGAGGAUUCAAAAGAAAGUAGGGAGUACUUGUUGUUCCUCUCCCCUGAGCAGAAUCUGACGUACCACCAGCAAGCUGUCAUCACAUUCAAAGAGGGUGUGAUGGUUGGUUCCUCUUCAAUGUUCUGUUAAUGCAGCAGGAAACUUCCCAGCUCACUGGGGAUCAUGGGAAAUGAUUGUGUUACUUUUGUCAGUUUGGUCCACUUCACUUUGUAAAAUCACAUCCACAUUAGCUGUCGCAUCGCACCUACAAAUCUCUCACUGUAAAAAUGUUCAUUGAAUGUUUGGGGCAAUGCCCCCCCGCCCCCGUUUUUUUUUUUUUUUUUUUUUUUUAAAUCCCUCUCAACACUUUUUUUUUUUUUGUAGUGGAAGCACAGAUGUGUUUGUUUUUUUCCCCUCCUGUCAUUGAGUCUGUUCAGCUCCGUACUUUUGUCUGCUUCAGCUUUGGAUUAAAAAAACACAUAAAGCACAAA